AUGCUGGCAGGAAGCGCAUGCGACGCCAAUGCUCCGAUCCCGACUGCAGAAAAGUGGACGCUGGUGGAGGCUUCUGCGUCGCCCACGGAGGCGGCAAAAAGUGCUCGUUUCCAGGCUGCACGAAAGGUUACCAGACAGGUGGGUUUUGCAGGAAACACGGUGGUGGUGCGCGUUGUCAGGUGGCUGGCUGUGGAAAAGUGGACGCUGGAAGGGGAUUGUGUCGAGCCCACGGCGGCGGCAGACGCUGCCAGAUUGCUGGAUGUCCGAAAGCUGAUGUUGGCGGAGGAUUCUGCACGACCCAUGGAGGAGGCAGGCGCUGUUCGGAGCCAGGAUGCACCAAGAUUGACCAGGGAGGAGGCAGGUGCCGAGCGCACGGCGGUGCGAGACGCUGUCGACGGAGGAGCUGUCAGCAACCGGCCCGAGGUGUCACGGGGUUCUGCACAGAGCACGGCGGGGCGCGUGUUUGCUCUGUUCUGA